AUGUCGAAGCUCGCCGAUAAUCCUGAAUUUCAAGCUAUCAGUGGUACCAUCGUCGAACAAGCUGCAAGUAACAGUGAUACAAAGAACGGGAAUCGAGUUCAAGAGAUGAGGACGGAGGAAAUGGAUAGUAUUGAACUCAAAUAUGAGAGGAUGGGGCAUGCCGAGUUUGGGGAUCACGAAGGAAGGGAGGCUUCUUCGGCAGAAGGAUUAAAUGAAACAGAGUAUCUCGCUAUCGAGCGCGAGGAAGAGCCUUCUCAGUUAGCGGAAGUAGCAGAGGACUCGGGUGCUACGCUCCCUUCUGAGGAGAGCGAUUUUGAGGAUGUUGGGUCGCAAGACGGUUCGGAGGUUGGUCCUCUGGACAAAGGCCCAUUGUUGGUUUACAAUGGGAAAACGGUUAACCUUGAGACUUUUGCCGCACGGAAGCUGCUUAAACUUGGCCUCGCUUGCCUCGAUGAUUAUGAGGAUGCUGAGGAAGAAGAGGAUGAAAUACUCUUCCUCCACAAUGCCAUUCGAGCUCUUACCUCUGCCGGGGCGAAGUUGACUACUGGAGGCCGAGACAUUGUUCAGUGUCUGGCCAAACUUGGCCAUGCCUGGAGACGCUUGUUCUCUGCCACAAACAAGGUGGAAUAUCUGGAGCAUGCCAUCUCCAAAUACCGGAGCUUAUGUGCUCUUCCCUCUGUUAAGAGGCAGGAUUAUCCCGGCCAUCUCAGGGCUUUGGGCAAUGCCCUAAUAGCUCAUUUUGAGCUGUCCAAUGAGCCAGACAAACUUGAUGAUGCUCUUGUUGCAUUCUCCCAUGCACUGGAAAUUGUUCCUGUGAACAAUGGCAGCAGGCAUGAACAUCUAAGUAAUUUGGGCCGGGCUCUUUGGCUCAAGUUUGAGCAUGUAGGACAUUCUGCAGAUUUGGAGAAGGCUCUUGUACUUAACAGAGCAGCUCUUGGCCUUUUGCCAACUAAGCAGGCAUAUUUGACCAACCUUGCCGUAGCCUUGCAGAGCAGUUUCGAGCUAUGGGGAAGACUUCCUGAUUUACAUGAAGCUAUCACAUAUCAAAAGCAGAUCAUUGAUGUGGCCUCUCAGGAGGAUGAAGUUCAAGCCUAUCAGUUUAGCAAUCUGGGCAAUUCAUAUCAAUUGCUAUAUAAUAGUCAGGGUGACUUGGAAACUCUGCUGCUUGCUAUUAAUGCCCAUCAGCAAGCAGUGUCAUUGAUGACCACAUCUGAUUCUGAUUACUCUGUAUAUCUUCAUAAUCUUGGAAGUGCCUAUCAGAGCCACUUUGACAAAACCUAUGAUAUCAAAAGCAUUCAUAAAGCUAUUGAAAUCCUUGAACAGACUGUUACACUUGCCUCAGAAAAUGAUAUGAAUAUGGCCAUGUAUGUCAACACUUGGGGCCUAUCAUAUAUGAGUCUCUUUCAGGUCUUUCAUCAGUCUGCUACAAUCCAAAAGGCUCUUAGUUUGUUUCAACAAGCUGUGGCAUUGACAUCAGAGGAUCAUAUUGAUCUCCCAACUUGGUUGGUGAACCUUAGCACUGCCUAUAUGCAUGCAUAUGAAAGCACUGGUCAGCUUGAUGACUUGAACAAUUGCAUUGUCAAUAUGUCUAAGGCAAUUACAUUAAUGUCUGAUGACCUUUCCAACAAAUCUUUAUAUCUCUCAAAGCUUGGAUCAUUCCUCACUCGCAAAUUUGAGAGAUUUGGCAAUGUCUCAGACAUUCAAGAAGCAAUUUCACAUUGUGAAUCAGCAGUGAGGAUGGGUGAUGAAAGUGAAUCCAGUUGGCCUGUCCUUCUUGAGCGACUUGCUACUGCAUUAAUAGCAAGAUAUGAUGCUUUUGAGCAAUCCCAUGAUCUUCAGAAGGGAUUAAAAACAUAUGCUAAGGCCCUUGAUGCAGUGCCAGAUGAUGAUCCGGAAAGAACUGCUCAUCUUAGUAACCUUGGUGGUGCAUACUGCCGGCAGUUCCAGGCAUUUGGAGAUAUGAAGGACAUGCAAACUAGCUUGAGUCUUCUGAAAGAGGCCACUGCUUCGACACCAGAUGAACAUAGCAGCAAGCCAUAUUACCUCAUCCAACUUGGAUUAGCCUACUCUGUUUGCUAUGAAAGCAGUGGCAUUAUUGAGGACAUUGACAAUUCAAUUUCUUGCCAUCAGCAAGCCUUGAGUCUUGUACCUAAUGAGCACACCAACAGAGGGAUGCACUUUAACAACCUGGGGAAUUCAUAUCUUCACAGGUUUGAAAGACUCUGGAAUGUUGAUGAUAUUGAGUUAUCAAUUCAGGCACACAAAGAAGCAGUUGCUUGUACACCAGAGCAUCAUGCCAACAGAGCCCUGCAUCUCUAUGGACUAGGAAAUGCAUUGUAUAGCAGAUACUACUAUCACUAUGAUGGUAUAACACAUGGAGGAGCUAUAGAAGAUCUACAUACUGCUAUUGAGCUUCUCCAAGAAGCAUUGACUUUGACACCACCAAAAGGUUCAAAUACAGGAAUGUAUCAAGGGACUCUUGGUUGCAUAUUUCAGACUCUGUUUGAAACAUCAGACAAUAUCCAUGAUCUAGAGAAUGCCAUUCAAGCAAAUCAAGAGGCUGUUGAACAUACAGACAAAGGCAAUCCUAGAAGGCAUCUCCAAGUUUGCUACCUUGCCUUGUCUUAUCACUCCAAGUAUGAAAAGCUCAAACAGCUCAGUUCUCUUCAUGCAGCUAUCAACUGCUACAACGAAGCAAUUCAGUCAGCACCCAAUGGUCAUCCAUCAAUAUCAUUCUACCUUAUGAAACUUGGAUAUGCUUGGGAAACUGUUUGGCAAUCAUCACCAAAUAAUGUAACAUCAGAGGUUCCCUCAUCCAUGGUGAAGGCACUGAAAUCUAUGCAGCUUGGAGAGGAUGUGAAGCAUUGGAUGCAAUCUCAACAGGAGGAUAUGCCUUACCUUCAUGCCUUACAAGCAUAUUGUGCAGGAGCAUUUGCCACUGUGGGCAAGCCAAGUCAUAAGUAUGGUGCUGCCUACCGGUUAGCCAACAUGCUCAAGCCUUACAACAAGUCACUAUCACUCUUGGCAUAUAAAUCUGUCUUGCACAUUCUCCCUGAACAUAUUUGGCUUGGUCAGUCAGUUACGGAGCGGCUCAAGCAAAUACCAGACCUUGAUCAAAUCCAGACGGAGGCCGCAACAGCUGCCAUCAAUGCUGGUGAAUUUGGUUCAGCACUUGAGUGGCUUGAGCAAGGGAGAGCUAUUGUCUGGAGUCAGAAGCUACAACUCCAAACCUCAUUGGACAAUCUUCAAGCUGCACAUCCAGAAUUGGCUUCAAAAUUGUCCAAGGUUGCUAAAGAGAUUGAAGUGGUUAGCAGUUUGCUUGACUUCGAUGGUACAGCAAGCCGGAACAACAGGAUGGACAAUAAGGGUCAACAAUAUAGAAAGCUUGUCGCUGAAUGGGAGAGCUUACUUCAAGGCGCGCGGGCUCUCCCCGGUUUUGAGAGUUUACUUCAACCGAAAUCCGUCAACGACCUUUUCGGGGCUGCCCGCAAUACAGAUGUUGUCUUCAUCAGUCUGCACAAAGGAGAGUGCCAUGCAUUAGUGAUCAGAAAGGCGUCCCAUUCAAUCGGACAUCUUCAUCUGGACAAGCUCACCGAGAGCAAAGCCACGGCGUGGUGCACAGUGCUACCGCAAUUUAUACCCAAAGCCCGCGGUAGUACGCAAAAUCAGAAUAUUGAACGGCAUGCAAAGUUCAAGCGCGUGGUUGUAAAGCGACAUGAUGCCUUCGAGGAGAUGUUGACUGCCUUGUGGUUUGAUCUGGCGAAGCCGAUUCUGGAGUACCUCGGAUACUACACUGCCACUAAGCCCGUAGAAUCAUCGACACUUCCACAUAUCACUUGGUGUACCACCGGGUUGCUUGCGUUCCUUCCUCUUCACGCCGCGGGAUGCUACGAUGCAUCUCUGGGACCGCGCGGCAAGUUGCACGACUAUGCAGUCUCAUCUUACACGCCGUCGCUUAGCGCCCUGCUUAGGUUACAUCCCGAGGACAGCCGCCUCUGUAGUAUCUUUGCUGUCAGCCAAACCAAUACCCCGGGUCAGAUCCCCUUACCAAACGCUGGAAUGGAAGUCGACGAACUCAUUGCGAUCUCCUCGAGGUACGGCGUCGACGUGCAACGGCUGGAUGGUGAAGAGGCGACCGUGGAAAGCGUCUUAGACACAAUCAGCAAGCACGGAUGGAUUCACCUAGCAUGCCACGCCAUCCAGGAUACGACCAACCCCCUUCAAAGCGGGUUCUAUCUUCAAGAUGGCAAGCUCACCUUGUCAAAUAUAAUGAAGCAGCAGUUCAAGCACGGACGUAUCGCGUUCCUCUCUGCGUGCCAGACUGGGUCGGGCGAUCAGAACCUUCCAGAGGAGGCGAUGCACUUGGCUGCGGGUGUUCAGGUGUCUGGUUUUCCUACGGUGUUCGCGACGAUGUGGUCUAUCAAGGAUGCGGAUGCGCCCGUGGUGACAUCCGUGGUUUACAAAGCGAUGAUGGAGGGGAUGAAGGACGCGGAGAUGAAGCCGGCGUACGCACUCCACCAGGCAGUCAGUCAGUUGCAAGCCAAGCGUGGAGAGAAGGACUUCCUCUCUUGGGCACCGUUCAUCCAUGUCGGAAUCUGA